AUGAACACAGACAAUGAAACUCUUCCCCAGGACUUUCUCCUAUUGGGCUUUCCUGGCUCCCAGAUCCUUCAGCUCUCUCUUUUCAUGCUUUUUUUGAUUAUGUACAUCCUCACAGUUGGUGGUAACAUGGCUAUAUUGAUAUUGGUGAGUACCUCCCACCAGCUACACACCCCCAUGUACUUCUUUCUAAGCAAUCUCUCUUUCCUGGAGAUUUGGUAUACCACAGCAGCAGUCCCCAAAGCCCUGGCCAUUCUACUGGGGAGAAGCCAAAGCAUAUCAUUUACCAGCUGUCUUUUGCAGAUGUACCUUGUUUUCUCAUUGGGCUGCACAGAGUACUUCCUCCUGGCAGCCAUGGCUUAUGACCGUUAUUUGGCCAUCUGCUAUCCUCUACGCUAUGGGACUAUCAUGAACAGCCUUCUCUCAAUGCAGCUGGCUCUGGGCUCCUGGGUCUGUGGUUUCCUGGCCAUUGCAGUUCCCACAGCCCUCAUCAGCAGCCUGACCUUCUGUGGGCCCCACACUAUCAACCACUUCUUUUGUGACAUUGCACCUUGGAUUGCUCUGGCCUGUACCAGCACACAGCCAGUGGAACUUGUAAGCUUUGUGAUUGCUUUUGUGGUCAUCCUAAGUUCUUGCCUUAUCACCCUUGUCUCCUAUGUCUACAUCAUCAGCACCAUCUUUAGGAUUCCCUCCGCCCAGGGCAGAAGCAAAGCCUUCUCCACGUGCUCCUCACAUCUAACAGUGGUACUCAUCUGGUAUGGCUCUACAAUCUUCCUUCAUGUCCGCACCUCCAUUAAAGAGGCUUUGAAUCUGACCAAAGCUGUUCAUGUCUUGAACACCGUGGUAACUCCAGUUCUUAAUCCCUUCAUCUACACUCUCCGUAACAAGAAAGUAAGAGAAACUCUGCUAAAGAAAUGUAAAGGAAAAUAA